AUGAAAAUUCUAGCUUCAUUCUUUUUUGGCCUUAUUGAUGCCCAGAUUUCAUGCAAUAGAGAAUGUCCAAAGAGAACAGAUUACAAGUGGUGCAGGGAGCAUAUCAAGGAUUACAUAACUGUCCCCGACUAUAAGCAGGAAGAAAUUCCAAAUCCAACAAGGCGACAAAUUGAUAUCAAGGAAGACUGGCACAAAAAUAGGGGCUGGGUCAUCGCAGUCUUUGACUCAAACUCCGAGGGCUGUGGCGAUUACAAUGGAAUCGAUGACGUCAACGACGUCAACUACAACACUUGCUUCGAUAAAUGGUACACUGGUUGUCGAACCAAUCCGAACGCUGGGUCUAGCACACGGGCAUGUCGAAACUCCUUGGUAGAAUCAAGUCGACAAGGCCGCCUCGCGUUCGCCAGUCAAGUUGAUCAACGAGUCAGCAACAUGCUCAAAAUCGACAAGAAACACGUCCAUUGGUUCUCCUCACACGCGGAAGGCUGCGACGAUCAGAAAUACAAUGGCUGUCGGAAAAUCGAUCAAUUCGCGGGGGCAUCAGCGGAAGUUUACCAAGAACACAUCAAAAGUCAAUAUGGACUUUCUUCCAAAAACAUUCGCCUCGACGUCCCUGUCGUCCAGAAAAUGGGUGCGAAGAUGAUCUGGCAGAAUUAUCGACAGGGGCUCGACCGUGAAUUCAGCUCGAUAAACGAUCAUUACUGCGCAGACUGGGAUGUCUUGCUUACUCUUUGCUCGACAAAUGAAGAUCCCUCGAGUCCGGAUUUUGGCGAUAUUGCUUGGAGGACUUCGAAUCUGAACAGCGAGUUCUUCGUCACUGAUUAUCGACAAUUCGAGGUUGGAAUUCAAGAUCAUUGGUUUGGAAACAACAAAAUUGAACAAUGCGUGACUCUUUAUGUUUCUCCCUUUUCGCACUGA